AUGCUAGUGGGCGUCCACGGUGCUGGGCUUACACAUCUCAUGUUCCUCCAGCCCGGGUCUACCGUCGUCGAGAUACUGCCCGAAGGGUUCCAGCACAAGGGCUUCCGGAACCUGGCGCAGAUGCUUGGCAUGGGCUUCAUCCGCACCCAUGCCAGGAUGCACGGGGAUGCUUCGGGCGACCACCAGUGGCAGUCUGACGCCGUUGAGGUGGAUCGGCAGAAGCUCGUUGACGUGGUCAGCGUGGGGGGUGACAACAUGUCGGCGUCUCCGUCGUUUGCGAGGAUGAUUCGCCCCGCCCUGCGCGGCCUCGGACAGAGGGCGAGGAACACGGCUGCUCCGGGCCCGGUGUCGAGGAUAAACAUGUACGAGAUCCGGCCUCUAUCGUCGACGCCCCCCCUCCGCCGCCCCGCCGACUCCUCCUCCUCCACCGUCGACAUCUCCGACGUCCCACCCACGCCCAUCAGCCACCUCUCCGAAGUCGAGGCCGCCAUGGCCGACGCCGUGUCCAAGUUCGCGCGCGACGUCGUCCUCCCGCGCGCCCGCGACAUGGACGAGGCCGAGCAGAUGGACCCGGCCAUUGUCGAGCAGCUCUUCGAGCAGGGCCUCAUGGGCGUCGAGAUCCCCGAGGAGUACGGCGGCGCCGGCAUGAACUUCACCGCCGCCAUUGUCGGCAUCGAGGAGCUCGCCCGCGCCGACCCCUCGGUCAGCGUCCUCGUCGACGUGCACAACACGCUCUGCAACACGGCAAUCCUCAAGUACGCCUCGCCCGCCCUCAAGCAGAAGUGGCUGCCGCGCCUCGCCACCAAGACGGUUGCCUCCUUUUGCCUCUCCGAGCCCGUCUCCGGCUCCGACGCCUUUGCCCUCGCCACCCGCGCCACCGAGACGGCCGACGGCUUCCGCAUCUCGGGCGGCAAGAUGUGGAUCACAAACUCCAUGGAGGCCGACCUUUUCAUCGUCUUCGCAAACCUCGACCCGGCCAAGGGCUACCGCGGCAUCACCGCCUUCCUCGUCGAAAAGGGCACAAAGGGCUUCUCCAUUGCCAAGAAGGAGAAGAAGCUCGGCAUCCGCGCCAGCAGCACCUGCGUCCUCAACUUUGACGACGUCGACAUCCCCAAGGAGAACCUGCUCGGCCAGCGCGGCGACGGCUACAAGUACGCCAUCAGCCUGCUCAAUGAGGGCCGCAUUGGCAUCGCCGCCCAGAUGACGGGCCUCGCCCUCGGCGCCUUCGACAACGCCGUCCGCUACGUCUGGAACGACCGCAAGCAGUUCGGCGCCCUCGUCGGCGAGUUCCAAGGCAUGCAGCACCAGAUCGCCCAGUCCUACACCGAAAUCGCCGCCGCCCGCGCCCUCGUCUACAACGCCGCCCGCCGCAAGGAGGCCGGCCAGGACUUUGUCAAGGAUGCCGCCAUGGCCAAGCUCUAUGCCUCCCAGGUCGCCGGCCGCGUCAGCGGCCUCGCCGUCGAGUGGAUGGGCGGUAUGGGCUUUGUCCGCGAGGGCCUCGCUGAGAAGUAUUGGCGCGACAGCAAGAUUGGUGCCAUUUACGAGGGCACCAGCAACAUCCAGCUCAACACCAUUGCCAAGCUCCUGCAAAAGGAGUACACCAACUAA